AUGGAUACGCUAGUAGUCGGUUUUGUGAAGCGCGUAGUGUUGCUCUGUCGUCAGUUCCUGCAGUGUUUGAUCAGGUGGUGCCAUCUGACGUACUGGGCACCAGUAGUUCGCAAACACCCGCCAGAUGUAAUGAAGCCUGGCAGGUGGGGAAAGCAUCGGUACCUAGAAGUGCACAAACUACAGAUCCAUUACGUCGAAAGUGGUUCCAGCAGUAAGCCGUUGAUGCUAUUUCUGCACGGCAUUCCUGACUUUUGGUACUCGUGGCGCCAACAGAUCAAACAGUUCUCCGAAGACUACUGGACGGUCGCGAUCGAUCUGCCCGGUUGUGGUCAGUCCGAUGAACCGCACUACGACAUCACGUACAAGCUGAACAACCUCACAAGGCUCGUAUGUGAUUUGAUGGAUGGCCUUGGCAAGAAGGAUUGCAUUCUCGUCGGUCAUGGCGGUGGAGCGCUCGUCGGAUGGCAGCUCCUCAACCAAUGCCCACAACGCGUCUCCAAGUACAUCAUGAUGGGUCUUCCCUCGAUGGGUGUGCUGCAGGAGCUCCAUCAGCGUGGCGUGAUACCGCUAAGCGUUCAAGCGGAGGCACUGUUCCUAUGCUUUCCGCAGCUACCGUCACUAUUCGCUCGUUCGGGUGAUUUCCAGCUGGUGGAUCGCAUGUUGGCACACUUUGCCAAACCGGCAGAUAUUGAAGCGUACAAGUAUACUUUGUCACAACCCGGUGCUCUCAAACGAUACCUGAAGGCUUAUCGAGAAAAUUUUAGUGAUUUCCUGAUAGAAGAAUACGAUUUCCAGGAGCGUAAACCAUCGCGAACUCCCGGCUUGUUCCUUGUAGGUGACGAGGAUCGUUGGAUUCCGCUGGAAGAUUGCUGUUCCCUGCUGAUCGAUCACUAUCAACCGCUGGAGGUACGCUAUGUGCCACGAACCGGGCGCUUCUUGCACCAAGAGGAUCCAAAAACCGUCAAUCGAUUGAUGCGGAUAUUCCUCAACGAUAAGCUGGACCACUCGAAGGCCAGCGUGGAGAUGCCGCCGGUGACAAAGAUCAUCCAGAAGGAGGUUUGUGAAAACUGUCACGGAAAACAUCACAGCACAGCGGAGCAGCAUGAAAACUGUUCCAAGCACUGCGACGGUGAAGCGCAUCGGCAUUUGCUGUCGAAAGCUAGAAUACCAAUCUGCUCUUGA